AAUUUCUUCAUGGUUUCCAUAGAUAUACAUUGUUUUGAAUCUCUGACCUCACUCCCUAUAUAAUUUUGGCUUAUACAAUUUCUAGGGUCUGGAAGAUCAUCUGGGAGACAUGGACUUCAAAAUUGCUGGUACACAGAAUGGAGUUACAGCUAUUCAGCUGGAUAUAAAACCUGCUGUAAUCCCUCUAGAUAUCAUAUGUGAGUGUCUAGAACCUGCACUUAAAGGUCGGCUUCAAAUCCUAGAUCAAAUGAAGCGAGAGAUAAAUGUAGCACGAUCUCAAGAUGGCAGAAACUCUCCACGCAUAUUGACCUUGAAGUAUAGCAAUGACGCGAUCCGCCGCCUGAUUGGUCCUCUUGGUGCCUUGAAGAGGAAAAUUGAAGGAGAAACAGGUAUGAUUUUGUAUAGGAGAUCUCCCAUAGUAGAUUCUAAAAUGUAUCAAGUCCUUGUAUUAAUGAUUUUUGUCGUAGUACAAUAAAAUGUUGUAAAUUGGCACUUUUGGAUACCCAAUCUUAUUUUGUUAAUUGGCCAUAUGCACAUGAGAAAAAUGAUUUUGCUUGUUCAUAAAUACAAGACUAGGAUUAUGGAGGAUUGUACAUGGGUAAUCUUACAUCUGAUUUUUCAUUUUUGUGUAAAAGUGAUUUUGUAUAUAAUUCUACUUAAGCUUCAUUCCCUGACUCGUUGAUGGUAUUUGAAUGCCAAAGACUGACCUGCGCAUUUGUGUUAUGUUAAUUCUCUAGAGGAUAUAUGACAUUGCUCUUGGAAGGAAUGAAUAUGUCUAUGGAAGUUGCUGCCUUGUCACCUGUGGUUGAUACCUUAUUAAAACUGAUCAAAUAGAUAGACAGGAGAAGGAUAAUAGAGAGAAAUAAUAUAAUUAUUGUAAUAUUUGGAUGGAGAAAAGAAGGCAGGUCUUCUAAUCACUGCAAGCAAAGAAGGGAAAGCCUCUUUACCAAGCUUUGGCUGGUAUAAGGGUGGGAAUAGUGCAUGUUAAGAACCAAGUGCCUGCUAAUUUUUUAACACGCUUCUUUCAUAGAGUAGGAUAUGCUAUAAACUACUAUCUUUUUUAUUAAAUGAUCACAUCUUAGUAUCCAACCAAACUAAAACUUACCAUGGGGAAGCAAUCAGUAUUAACUUCAAUGAAUCAGUUUUUUUUUUUUUUUUUUUUUUUUUUUU